ACUAACGCUAGAGGGAGCGCUCUCCCGUUUCAUCUCAAUGCGCAUGCGCAGACUUCAUUCCAUCCCGCUUGAGUGGAGCCAGAGAGGAGGGUAACGCCAGGCAGUUAGCAUAGCUACUAGCAAUGGCUCUUCAAAACAACACCUUUGCUCUUUACUGCUGUCAUUUGAACACAAUCCACGAGUGUUUUUGCACAUGAGGAACUAACAGCUGCAGAACAAUCCCGCAGACGUUUUGAGACGGAACGCGCUUUAUUUGUCGCUAUGCGAUGGGGACAGAGAGCUGUGGAUUUUUGCACGCAUCUUUGCAGGCGGCUGCUGCCCAAGCAGAGGAUGCUACUAGGCUAGCGGGCUAAGGCCUUUGCAUUCAACAGGAAAGCUUUAAUUUUGCACUACACGGCGACCUGAAUUCAAAACCGGAACGAUAUUUGCACUUAAACCAGAGCUUUGGGUGAUAUCCUGGUUUAAAUCAGAUCUCUGGUGACCUGUGUGCUUUUGUUUGUUGAUACUGAUAGCUGCUAGCUAGCUGAAGAUCGAGCAGCCACUGCAUUUCUUAGAUUGCUGACCGGUGUCGUUUAAAUUCUUUAACGCGACAUAAAGGCAGCAGGUAGAGGCGAUCGGAUCGGACAGAUCCGAGCAGUGUUGACGGUUCGUGUGUGUUGAUGCUGCACGUUAGCAGUGUGAAUGUGGGACAAAAUGGAGACCCCAAAGAUUCUGUACGAUUUGGACACGUCUGGGGGCCUAAUGGAGCAAAUUCAACAGCUUCUUGCUCCUCCGCGCUCCGAGGAUGGAGAGAAGCGACGGAAACCGGAAAGGGAGACACGAAGAGGUGGUCGAGCCACAAACCACGACACCUGCGAUAGCUGUCGUGAGGGAGGAGAUCUCCUCUGCUGCGAUCACUGUCCGGCAGCUUUUCAUCUGCAGUGCUGUAAUCCACCAUUGAGCAGAGAAAUGCUGCCCCCUGGUGACUGGAUGUGUCAUCGCUGCAGUGUCCGCAAAAAGAAGCGUGAGCAGAAGUCUGAGCAUGUGAAUGGGACGUUAGAGCGGCAGCUAUCCAAACGCUCGUCCUCCCCUGCAGCAGAGCUCGAGCUUGGCACGCUGCGUCUUGAUGGCCUUCCUUCGGCCGCAUCAGGAGGUCUGAGGCUGGCCGUUGCGCAGGUCCGCCUUCUCGAGCGCCGUGCGAGCAGCCGCCCGGGAACGCCCACCUCCAACGCCUCCACUGAGACACCCACGCCGUCGGAACACAACGAUGUGGACGAGGACCUGAUGGACGUCGACGAGGAGGUGCAGGGCUCUGAGCCCGAGAACGCCACGCCUCACCUGAAGAAACCUUUCCAGCUCCUGAUCGCCGCAGCCAUGGAAAGAAAUCCCACACAGUUUCAGUUGCCCACCGAGCUCACCUGCACCACUUCACUGCCUGGCAGCAGUAAGCGCAGGAGGAAAGAGGAGGCGUUCGGCAAAAAUGUCAAGAGGCCGCAACAUGAACUGGAUCCCAGUGGGCUGGUCCCUCUGCCGGUGAAAGUCUGCUUCACCUGUGGCAGGAGCUGCCGGGUAGCUCCUCUGAUCCAGUGUGAUUACUGCAUGCUCCUCUUCCACAUGGACUGCCUGGAUCCUCCUCUCACUGCCAUGCCUGCUGGGAGAUGGAUGUGUCCUAACCACGUCGAGCAUAUGGUGCUAAACCAAAAGAAUAUGACACUCAGUACACGUUGCCAGCUCUUUGAUCAGUUUCAAGACCGACUAUCCCAGCAUGCUGUAAAAGUGGACUUCCUGCGGUGGGUUCAUCGCCAAAACCACCCCAACCGCAGAGGUGCUCGCCACAUCAAAAAGAAGACAUUGAAGGUCCCCGUUGCCAUUAAAUGUCACUACCAAAACCCCCCUGUGUUGAUGAAUCAACUGGGCCUUCGAAAUGGAGAGCUGCUCCCGAAUGGCUUCAUGGUGCAAGACUAUGAUUCAUCCACCCAGCAUCUAUCUAGCGAAGAGGAACAAGAGGAGUGGCUUCGUCACGUCAUUGCACUUCAGUGCAGUAUUAUGAAACAUUUAUCUGCUAAGCAGAUGUCGUCAUCAUCCCACCGGGACUCGAAUCAAAUGGAUACAGUGGACGUAAAAACUCAAGAGUGUAUGGAGACGCAGGAGCUCAGCUCUCAUACUCCACUACCUGCUGGCUGCAUUCAUUCCAGCGACGCACCGGUUGGCCCCCAGGGGGCCCCUGUGCUGCCCUCUAAACAGCCUGAAGACUGUAAAGAAAGCCCUUGUCGGGGUGACGUUGGCAGAGUGAAUGGGCCAGUGGUGGGUGAGGAUCAAACCUGUGCGACGCCCAGGGGUCCCUCCGGACCACAAAUCCCACCACUCUCAGUACCAGCCCUGCCCAAUCAUGUAGACAUAAAGACUGAGAGCAGUAGUCCCAUCAGCUCCUGUAUGCAGAGAGAUGCUUCAUCUGCCAGCCUUGGCUCUGCUAUAGGGAAUUGCACUGGGCUGAACAGCAGCUUGACAGCUCAAACUAAAGAGAGCAAAAUUAACCCUGAUGUAAUGUCUGCUGGAAAUGGUUCUGCGCUCCCCUCUUCUAUAGGCAGCUUAUAUAGCUACAUCAAGAAUGCGGUUCAAGGUGAUGGAGAAGUGGAGUUGAAUAAGCUGGAUGAGGAGUUGAUCAGACUCCUGGCCUGGCAGAGAAUCCAACAGCUCCUUUCUCCCAAAACACUUUCACCCUCCAGUAAAUGUGGGAAUUCUCCCGUCAAUGCCGAUCUACCCAAACCCUCCCUUCAGCCUGACAUUCAGAAAAGGGACGUGCAAGCUCGAGCAGUACUGUGUCCUUUAACAGGAAAGGGAUCGGGUGUCAGUAUGUGCUAUAGGACUCUGUACAUAGGAACAGGUGCUGAUAUGGAUGUGUGCCUUACAAAAUAUGGUCAUUGUAAUUAUGUUUCUGGGAAACAUGCCUGCAUCUUUUAUGAUGAAAACACCAAGCAUUAUGAGCUUUUAAACUACAGCGAGCACGGGACAACUGUAGAUAAUGUGCUAUACUCGUGCGACUUCUCUGACAAACCAAACAUUUCUUCACCCGGCGCGCUUGCGUCCAAAGUACAAAACAGCAUUAAAGGUAAUAGGUCAAAGAAACCGCUGGGGGAGGUUUGUGCUGAAACGGUGCUGAUGCCUGCUGGUGCUAUGAUGAGCAGUCAGGCUCAAGGAGGACCGAAGUCACCCUGCAGCUGCAAAGCCAGCAGCUCCAGUCUGAUAGGGGGCAGCGGCGCGGGAUGGGAGGGCACAGCGUUACUCCACCAUAGCAGCUGCAUCAAAGUGGGCUGCAUGCAGUUUCUGUUCAGCAUCACAGAGUUUUCUAACAACCAGCCUAAGAAGGAAGAGACGCCCUCCACCGCUAUCCAAGAAGAGACUGAAGUGGUUGAAAUACAGACAAUUAAACUCCACCAAAUCCCAGUGGUACAGUCGAAGUCUGUAUCAUAACCCUUACUCUUAAAAACCAAUGGACAAUAAAGAGUUGAACUUAAGGGAAAAGAACUUUAAAUUGGUACCGAGGUAUUUUGAGGUCUGGGAUUUACGAACAGUGUUUGCACAUUUACAUUUCUACCAUUUUUUUUGUAUGCAAAACCUUUUUCCUGAGGAGCAGAUGUUUAAAGAUUCCCCUGAACCCCGACAACAACACAGCCUGUAUACUUUUGUGUUCGUACAAGUUUUUAUGUACUUUGAACAGUGUAUUUACUCAGAAUAUUUUAUUUUGUUAUAAGAAUGUAUUGUUCUUUUUUCUGCAGUUUUUGCACCUUAGGCAACUUUAUGCAGAGAUGCAUACAUGUGCAAAAGACCUUUGUAGGAUUUACUAGCAGGAUCUUUGACCGUUCUAGUUUUCAUCUGUAACCGUUCGUUUAUAGUUUUAGAGCCUCUGCGACCUUAGUUGUGAAGUUCAUUUGUGUAUAAAUCUAAUUGUCCAACUCUAAAUUUAGUCUCUCGUGUAUAUGAGACUGAAGUUAUAUCGAGUCAGUAAGAUGACCUCUGACAUGUGUCAUUACAUUGUAAAUAUAUAAAGAUUUUUAAAGAAGAGUAUUUUAUGGUGUUUGUGUAUGCAAAAACGUAAAUCCAUGUUCCCAACAUUUUGAAAUUAACCUCUUUAAAAAAUUGCAGCUUAACCUGGAAGUUAGCUGUUCCUUGCAGAAAAACCCAUAUUUGGAUUAUCGCAAAAAUAAGAUUUGUGUUUAACAAAAGUUUGACAUUUACGUGUUUUUUCACAGAUGAACACGACUUUUAUAAAGUUUUAAGUCAAAGUUUGGCUUUAUAUAUUUCUAGUAAACGCACUUCGAAAUUCAUAGAAUUUGUAUUCAUCUGUAAAGAUGAGCUUUUUAUGUUUUUUCAAAAUUGAAGUAUAUUAAAAUGCCUGUCUCUAAAGCACUCUGAUGUACACUUUAUAAAGCUGAAAAGAGCUGGGAUAAUAUU